AAAAUGACUAUUUUUAAACUAUUGGAGCAAAACCGUUAAAAUGACCAAACCACAGGGUGUAAAACAAAAGUUUACUCCAAAAGUUAUUUCCAGUAAUUAUAACCAAAAAGUUGUUUCAUUAUUCUUGUUAAGCCAAAUACACUGUACACUCGCUAAUUUGAGCCUAACUUUAUUUUUUAAAAUGAGCCCAUUAUUAUUAGUGAUGCAUGUUUUAUUUCACUCGUUCAUCUCCCUUUUUUUUUUUUUUUUUUUUGUGUAAAGAAAGACCCAGAUUAAUUUCCCUAUGUGGGAUAAAAUAGCUUUUUUGCCUCUCCGAUGUGAAUUAAAAAUUUCCUCAACCAUGGAUUUGGGUUUUUAAAGGACAAUUGCAUGGCUAAAAAAAUCCUGCCAUAUCCGGCCAUUAAAGCUAGGAUGUCAUCUAACCAAUUGUCACUUAAGCAAAUACUCUCAGCCUAACUUCAACUGCCAAAUCAUCUAGUUGUGUCAAUGAAAGAUAGAUUUGAAACACUCUUCAAAACACAAUGCACAAAUACAUAAACAUGCUUAAAUCAAAUAAUAAAAACAUAUUCAUGUCUAGCAAAGUUAAUAAAUGAAUUUUAAUUUUAAUACAUUUAUAUAAUCAAAUCCAUCAUAGUUAUUAAUGAUUUGACUAUCACUAUCAAAUUCAUCUUAAAAAACAAUUAACUAAAACUUUCCUCUGUUGAUCCUCAUCUUUGUUGUGAAUCAGUUUUUGUCCCGUGUUGUGCGAUCACACCAAUUUCCAUCUGUGUGUCUUUUUGUAUUUUUCCCAUGUUGUGAAUUGUGAUAGGUCGGUUACUUUUUGACCAAAAGCAGACCACUAACAUCCGAGUACACCCACAAUUACUUAUAUACUCUCAGCCCAAAUGAUUGACCCAAGACCCCAAUUCCCCAAACUACCAUCUCUAUAGCCCAACUGAUAUUCUUUUGUUGUUGUAGUACCAAGCCCAAGUCAUUUAAUCCAUUCUUUUCCUCACCUCUUUCUCUACUCGUUGGUAGGCUGCUAAUUAAAUAAACAAAUGGAUCAAAACAAUCACAUAGAUAAGUAUAGUGCGAUUCAUCUAUACAAAUUUUUUUUUUCUUAAAAUAUAUUUCAUUCCAAUAGUUUUGGCAAAUUAAUUAGUUUUGAUAGUUUUCUCAUACAGCCUGUUGUUUUUUUAAAUAAACCGAUCCAUCAAUGCAUUUGAUAACAAUUGUAAGCCAAUCUUAGGUGAGGAUACACUUUUGCAAAACUCCCUUUUAAGCAUAUUGUCCAUCUUUCCUUCUACAAUUGCUGACUCCCUAUCAUUUCAGUAUAGUAUUUAUGAAGUUCUAAAUAAUUUGUUACCUAUACGGCUAUACCAACAAUAUAUAGAACUGUUGAAGAUAUAUUACCGAAGCACUAUAUGAAUAUUUUACCGUAGCAACACAUAUAAUAACGUCAAGGAUAUAAUUCUCAAAGUUACUGAUUAUCACACAAAGGUCUUUUCGGUAUAUGUUGCGCAAUAUCAUGUUAUUUAUGGAACUGUUGCCGGAAACAAUAUACAGAAUAAUUUUCCGUAGCAAUCGAAUGUCAAGGAAAUAAUUUUCAAAGUUGGUGGGAGAUAUUUUUUUUUUUUCAUGAUCAUUCCAAAACGUUGACUUGGAUUAUCUAUGUCUACUACAGUAAUCUUGGUUUAAUUUCCAACCAGACAAUGACUAUUAUCUGUUUUUAAUUAGCUGAAAUUUUGACCAAGCAAUAUAUUUAAUUACAAGUUUUCAAAGGUGACUUUCUAUCUUUUAACUUCUAAGAUCAAUAAAAUUGUGAAUAAUAUCAUUCCUCUGGUCAAUAAUGGAGGAUCAUUCCACAUAUCUAUUCUUCAUUAUUGUUUUUAUCUUACUCCAAUCAGAUUGUGCUGAACUAGACACCAUAUCUGCAAAUCAAGUAAUAACAUAUGGUAAAACUAUUAUUUCUAGUGGGAAGAUGUUUGAACUGGGUUUUUUUAGCCCGGGAAACUCCAAGAACCAGUACUUGGGGAUAUGGUACAAGAAGAUAUCAACUGGUACUGUUGUUUGGGUUGCUAACAGGGAGACGCCAGUUACUGACAACUCGGGCAUGUUCAAAGUCAGUAACAACGGAAACCUUAUGAUUCUCAGUGGCGGUAACACUGUGGUCUGGUUAUCCAAUUCAACGGGAUCUGAGUGCAGUAAUAAUCCGGCGGUGGUCCAGCUUAUGGAUACAGGAAAUCUUAUUGUUUGGUGCAGGGAUAAAAACAGCGCUAAGCAAAACCUGAUCUGGCAAAGUUUUGAUUAUCCUGGUGACACAUUUCUACCAGGAAUGAAGUUUGGGAAGGAUUUGGUAACUGGAAUAGAGAGAACCAUGACAUGUUGGAAGAGUCCGGAUGAUCCUUCCCCUGGUUUGUACAAACUUAACGUAGAUACAAACGGAUAUCCACAAAUAUUAGGGUGGCGAGGUCCAACUUUAAUGUCAAGACCGGGACCUUGGAAUGGUCUUGGGUUUAGUGGUUAUCCUACCGAGAUACCAAAUAAAAUUUUCACAUUCGAGUUUGUUUUUAAUGAGAAGGAAAUUUAUUAUAAAUACGAAAUUAUAAGUUCUGUUCUUCGGAGGAACGUUUUGACAUGGGAUGGAAAAACUUUGAUUUUGCAUUGGAUUGAGAGAACUCAAGAGUGGAUUGUGUAUGCAGACGUUGAAGUAGAUGGUUGUAGUCGGUUUGCACUCUGUGGUCCCUAUGGAAUCUGUAACAUUAACAAGCAUCCACCUUGUACCUGUAUGGAUGGUUUUAAACCAAGAAUUCCAGAAGAAUGGGAUGCAUCUGAUUGGUCAAGUGGGUGUCAACGCAAAAAGCCGUUGAAUUGUGGGAAUGGAGAUGGGGAUUGGUUUCGGAAAAUUGCAGGAGUGAAAGUACCAGAUACACGAAGGUCAUGGUAUAAUGUGAGCAUGUCCCUUGGAGAAUGUGAGACGACUUGCAAAAGGAAUUGUUCUUGUACAGGUUAUGGAAAUUUAGAUGUAAGAAAUGGUGGGAGUGGAUGUUUGCUAUGGUUUGAUGAGAUGAUGGACACUAGAGAGUAUGAUGCAAAUGAUCAAGAUAUUUACAUAAGAAUGGCAGCCUCUGAGUUAGAAGGCCGUAUGGAUUCCCAGUCCGGUUUUAACAAAAACAAAGGAAUACUUAUGCUGGUGCUUUUAACUUCGUCAGUUGUGCUACUUCUGUUUGGAGUAGCAUAUGCUUGUAUAAAGAAAAAGAAAAGGCCUCACCUGAAGGGAACAAGAAACUGGUAUGUGCUUGAUGAAAAUGAUUCACGUCUGCAGAUAGAACACCUUGAUGAAUUAACAGUUUUUAGCCUGAGUGAAGUAGCCAGGGCCACAAGUAACUUCAGCGUCUCCAAUAAGAUUGGAGAAGGUGGCUUUGGCCCUGUUUACAAGGGUAUGUUGAUAGAUGGAACUGAAAUAGCUGUUAAGCGGCUCUCAGAAACAUCACAACAAGGGCUUGAUGAGUUCAAAAAUGAAGUCAUUUGUAUUGCAAAGCUUCAGCAUCGGAAUCUUGUGAAGCUUCUUGGAUACAGCAUUUAUAGAAAUGAACUGAUGUUGAUUUAUGAAUACAUGACUAACAAAAGCUUGGACUUUUACCUCUUCGAUGAAACUAGAAGUUUGACGCUUGACUGGUCUCAACGAUUUAAUAUAAUACAUGGGAUAGCUCGCGGCAUUCUGUAUCUACAUCAAGAUUCCUGCCUUCAAAUUAUCCAUAGGGAUCUUAAGGCGGCCAAUAUAUUGCUCGACAGUGAUAUGAAUCCAAAAAUAUCUGACUUUGGUCUUGCAAGAAGGUUUGUUGGACAUGAUACCAUUGCUAAGACCAAGAAAGUGGUCGGAACACAUGGUUACAUUUCUCCUGAGUACGCAGUACACGGGCGUAUCUCUAUAAAGACAGAUGUAUUUAGUUAUGGUGUUUUGGUCUUGGAGAUAGUGAGUGGGAUGAAAAACAGAGAAUUCUCUCAUGAUGACCACCAUGACAACCUUCUUGGACAUGCAUGGAGACUGUAUAAAGAAGGAAGGUCCAUAGAAUUAAUGAGUGCAUCUUUACAUGCUUCAUGUGUCGUCUCUGAAGUACUAAGAUCAAUACAUGUAGCGUUAUUAUGUGUGCAACAUCAUGCGGAAGAUAGGCCAACUAUGUUGUCAGUGGUUCUAAUGCUGGUUAGUAACGGAUCAUUGCCAGAACCAAAACAACCUGCUUUUUUCAGUGAAGAGAGUUCUUAUGAACAUGAUUCUAUCCAAUCAGUUGAUGAACGCACCAUAACACUAACGUUUGCUCGAUAGCAAGUACAUGUAUGACAUCAGUUAAUAGUAGUUUCUUUCCAAACUAUUAAACAUUGAUGAUGUUGGAAUUCCUUGCAGUAUACGAUUGUGAAUAAGGUUUCUGCAGA